CAAGAGCAACCCAAUAAAAGCCGCAGACACGUUGGCCGCUUCCCUGUUUACCGCCAGCCUUGUUACGAGGAGGUAGUGGUCUCCUUCCUGCUACAGUUUUGGUAACCAGUAACGCCGCCGCCAACAUGAGCUCCAAACCUGCCUAUAAAGUGGCUGACAUCAAUCUGGCUGAUUUUGGCCGGAAGGAGAUUAUUAUGGCAGAAAAGGAGAUGCCUGGUCUGAUGAGUCUCCGUAAGAAGUAUGGAGAGACCAAGCCACUGAAGGGAGCUCGAGUGGCUGGCUGCCUCCACAUGACCAUCCAGACAGCAGUUCUCAUUGAGACACUGAUUGAGCUUGGUGCAGAGGUCCAGUGGUCCUCCUGCAACAUCUUCAGCACACAGGACCAUGCAGCAGCAGCCAUUGCCAAGGCAGGGAUCCCUGUGUAUGCGUGGAAGGGUGAGACAGAUGAGGAGUACAUCUGGUGUAUUGAACAGACCAUCAUGUUCCCUGAUAACAAGCCACUGAACAUGAUCCUUGAUGACGGAGGUGACCUAACCAAUUUGGUACACGAGAAAUACACUCACUUGCUGCCUGGCAUCAAGGGCAUCUCAGAGGAGACCACCACUGGCGUCCACAACCUGUUCAAGAUGAUGCGUGAAGGCAAACUGAAGGUCCCAUCAUUUAAUGUCAAUGAUUCUGUCACAAAGAGCAAGUUUGACAACUUGUAUGGCUGCAGGGAGUCCCUCACAGAUGGCAUCAAGCGGGCCACUGACAUCAUGCUGGCGGGCAAGACCUGUGUUGUGGCAGGCUAUGGAGAUGUAGGCAAAGGCUCAGCUCAGUCACUGCGUGCAUUUGGCGCCCGAGUCCUCAUCACAGAGAUUGACCCCAUCAAUGCUUUGCAGGCAGCUUGUGAAGGGUACCAGGUUACCACAAUGGAAGAUGCCAUCAAGCAGGGUGCCUCAAUCUUUGUCACUACCACUGGUUGCCGUGAUAUCAUCACUGGCGAGCACUUCAGUGCCAUGAGAGAUGACUCCAUCGUCUGCAACAUUGGCCACUUUGACAUUGAGAUUGAUGUUAAGUGGUUGGAUGAAAACUGUGUGGAGAAAGUAAACAUCAAGCCACAGGUGGACCGCUACCUCCUCAAGUCUGGCAACCAUGUCAUCCUGCUGGCAGAGGGUCGAUUGGUGAACCUGGGUUGUGCCAUGGGCCACCCAUCCUUUGUCAUGUCCAACUCUUUCACCAACCAGGUCCUGGCCCAGAUUGAACUGUGGACCAAGCCUGGCCAGUAUCCGAUUGGUGUGCACUUCCUACCCAAGAAAUUGGAUGAGGAAGUGGCAAGUCUUCACUUGGAGCAUCUAGGUGUCAAACUAACAAAGUUGACUGCUGUGCAGUCUGAGUACUUGGGUCUUCCAGUUGAUGGACCUUAUAAGCCAGAACAUUACAGAUACUAAAGAUGUUAGGUAAUAUACUACUGUCAACCAAAUAAGUCCUUUAAGUCGUUUUUGAUUUAUGUUUUAGUAUAUUUAAGAUAUUUUCCAUUAUCAUACAAAAAUUGCCUUUGAAGACAAUAUUUGUUAAUGCGAUGAAUAAAAUGAAAUUGCUA